AUGGAGUGUUCCUUUGCCAAACGGGAAGGCUAUAGAGAACUUCUUAAACUGUUGAGAGGUCGUAUCCAGCCCCAAGAAGAAACUAACUUCAAGUUUGAUCUUGAAAAGGCAAGUAUAUACAUGCAUUCGUUACUGUUCACAAUAACUUAUAUGCAUAUUGUUUCAUGUGAAGUAGGCAGCUCAAAAAUCAAAGAAGCUGGUUAUUUAGCCGGAGGCUGGCACUUAAUGAGAACCGAAAAUAGAAUGUGCAUGUACCUCUCCACUUAUCAGCUCUUUAAUACUCUUAAAACUGAACCAUCAAGCCUUAUCUACAGCAGACUUUUUGCACUUUGUUUUACACCAUAAUCAGAUUCUGAUAAAUUUUUUGUUCUUUAAUUGCUGUUAUUGUUUUUUUUUUUUUCAGAUGUGUGCCAAAUCCUUGGAAGGUGCCAAAUAUAUCGAGAAAAUGUUGACAACGAUGCCUUUGUUAGAAAAUAGCUACAAGGAGGGAGUUUUUGUUGGUGGGAUGCUCUUCAAUGAAGUACAGUUUUCACAGGAAGAUCUUGACUUGAUUAAUAGUAAUUCAUUAGAUUCAACUUCGCUUUUUGUUCUACCAGAUAUUGCCUUCUCUUUCCGAAGCUUCUGGAGGCCUGUUCAAACUUCAAAAGGCAUGCUGUACCGAAAUGGAGAACAUAUUGUUUGUGAAGUUGGUGCUCAUGAAUAUUUUUGCCAAAUAACAAAUUUCUUGUGCCUUAAUUCUGAGGGAGAGUUCUUUAAGUUUGUGAAAGUCAAGAAAUUCACUCAGGAAGUCGAUGAGGAUGGUGACCCUGUUUCUGAUCCUUACAGUGGAGGCUUGGUGAUUGACAAUGCAAAUGUACAAGACCUCCUUGUUCCUGUCAAAGCCAUUUUAAGAAAAAUUAUUCUCUACAAUUCAGCUGAUGAUGAACAUCCUGAUAGAAGGAUAGUAGUAGACUUCCAACGGGAAAACCUACCAAUUUCACAUCUUGAUAUUCUUGUGCCUUUCUUCCCACAAGUUAACGACAUGAUUUUCAUUAAAGGAGAUGACCCCAGUCCUUGGUUGGCAAAGGUGUUGACCAUCCAAGAAAGAGCAAAAACUGUGAAAGUUUGGUACUAUAUAGAAGACGUUGAAAGACCAGGUGAAAACCUGUAUGUACCAUCUCGCAAUACACGACAAGCACAGGAUUUUGUCUCAUGGGACUCUGUUAUGUGCCUAGCAAGUGGUGAAUGGAGAGGGGGUGCUUGGGAAAUGGAAUGA